CUGUAGUCCCAGAACUAGCCUUUUUCUCCGUCGUUUGAUUAUUCUUUAGGCUGGCUUCCGGUUUCCCUGCAGGUUCCUUCUCCUUUUUCUGACCUUGUUCCACUUUCAGCUCCUGUUUAUCCUCAGCCUCCUGUUCAUGAGUAGGAUGCUCCUCCUUCGUCUCUUCUUUCACUGUUGAACGGUUUAAUUCCGUUUUUUGGUCUUCAUCACUUUUAUUCGAGGAAUCAUGUUCUUUUUCGUCAUUUGUCGGUUCAUUACCUUCGAGAAAGGUAGGCUCCUUAGGUAUAUUUUUAUCUACAACUUGCUCAUCCACAAUUUUAGUCUCAACAGGGGGCGUGGAUGUCUCAACAUUUUCUGACAUAUCUGUAACUCUGUAACUUGCACGCGUCCAGUUUUAAAGUUCGCUAAAUUCGUUUCUUCACUUUCACUAACGAUAUUUCAAUAUGUACAUGCGCGACAACGCUGUAAUACUACCGAACUUUAGCUCUCCAGGCGUAAAGUGCAGCCUUUGAGCAAAGACCAUCCAUCGGCAUUCACUGGAAUAAACUCUAUAUCCAUGCGUCAUUCUCGCUUACACGAAACCCUAAAUAGCUUAAUAGUGCUACACCAAAAAAUGAAUAUACGAUACACAGCAGGGAAAGAAGCACUUCAGUCGAACCUUCCCUCCACGAGCCUUUGCCUGGUGCCUUUAAAAUGAUUAGCAUUGUAGAACGGAAAAGGUCUUCCGGCUCUUCAAACAUACUGAACAAAGUUUUUGCUCGUUCGGUUCGCGGAAAGGUUCAGAAAAUUGUACGUGAACACUACCUACGGGAUGAUAUUCCAUGUCAUAGUUGUGCAUGCACCGUUUGUGUCUCGAAGGAGCCAGUGGAUUUCAAUGGAAAUGCUUUAAAACCAAUUCUUUCCGAAAAUCCUUUCCACUUGGAACAAUAUGGUAAACACUACUUGGUCCCAGAUACCAAUGUUUUCAUUCAUUGCAUGGAUUUAUUGGAAAACCCUAACAACUUUUUUGAUGUCAUCGUAUUACAGACUGUACUUUCCGAGCUUUCAGGACGUUCUAUUCCUCUUUACAACCGCGUAAAGCGCGUGUGUCAGGAGAAGACGAAGCGUUUUGUCACAUUCUCAAAUGAGUUCUUCUCAGAUACCUAUAUCACGAAGGUGGACGAGGAAGAGGUGAAUGACAGAAACGAUAGAGCUAUUCGGAAGGCUACGCACUGGUAUGCGAAUCAUCUUGCAGGCGUUGGUAUCAAUGUUGUGCUGUUGACAGAUGAUGCUGAAAAUGGUCGUAAAGCUCGUGAGGAAGGCUUGCAAGUCAGCUCUACAAAGGAAUACAUUACAAAACUGCCGGACGCAGACAUUUUACUUGAUAUGAUUUCCGCUAAUGCUGAGGCCCAAGCUGAGCGCGAGUCUCGAACUGCUGGCAAAACUCUUUUUACGCAGCAUUGGUCUAUGUCACGCAUGCUUACUUGCAUUAAAAACGGUGAAAUCCACAAGGGCAUCGUCAACAUCAACCCGUAUAACUUUCUGGAAGGUACUGUCUCUGUGCUCGGUUACGAUAAGCCAGUAAUUAUUCUGGGGCGUUCGAACUUGAAUCGUUCUGUACAAGGUGAUCUUGUUGCUAUUGAAAUAUUGCCUCAAAGCGAAUGGAAAACGGAAACGAGCGAAAUUGCAUCAGAUGAAAACGAUGAGGAACAAGUCGAGGAACCCGUCGCCCAAGACGAAAGUGCCUUCCAAGCCGAAAAUGAAAAGGAAGUUGCCCGUAAACAUAUUCUGCCGACGGCUCGUGUUGUGGGUAUCCUGAAGCGCAAUUGGCGUCCAUACGUUGGCCAUGUUGACAUGGCCAGCGUUGCAAAUCGUACCGGCAGUUCUCAACAGUCUGUACUGUUAACUCCUAUGGAUCGCCGUGUGCCCAAAAUCCGGUUCCGUACUCGUCAAAUUUCACGUUUGCUAGGACAGCGGAUCGUUGUGUCAGUAGACAACUGGGACAUUGACAGUCGCUACCCGGAGGGCCAUUUCGUGCGCGCGCUGGGUGAAAUGGAGACGAAGGAAGCAGAAACGGAAGCAUUAUUGCUCGAGUACGAUGUACAGUAUCGCCCCUUUCCCAAAUCUGUUUUGGAUUGUUUGCCCGCUGAAGGUCAUGAAUGGCGUGUUCCGCAAGAUAAAAGCGAUCCGUUGUGGCAUAAGCGUGCUGAUUUUCGAGAACUGCUUGUUUGCAGUAUUGAUCCUCCUGGGUGUCAAGAUAUUGAUGAUGCUCUUCAUGCGCGUCCGUUGCCGAAUGGUAAUUACGAGGUAGGUGUUCACAUUGCUGAUGUAACACAUUUUGUCAAGCCAAGCACCGCAAUGGAUGCCGAAGCUUCUUCGCGCGGUACCACAGUUUAUUUGGUCGAUAAACGUAUUGAUAUGCUUCCAAUGUUGCUCGGUACCGAUCUCUGUUCUCUUCGCCCCCGUAUUGAGCGUUUCGCGUUUUCUUGCAUCUGGGAAAUGGAUGAGAAUGCGAACGUUGUUAAUGUUUCGUUUACAAAAUCCGUAAUUUCUUCGAAGGAAGCGUUCAGCUACGCUGAAGCGCAAGCCCGCAUUGACGACAAAAAGGCACAGGAUCCUCUUACGGAGGGUAUGCGAAUUUUGCUUCGUCUCUCAAAAAAACUGAAGCAGAGACGUUUAGACAACGGCGCAUUGAAUCUCGCCAGUCCUGAGGUGAAGGUUCAAAUGGACAAUGAGACCUCGGACCCGAUGGAUAUUGAGAUCAAGCAGCUUCUUGAAACGAAUUCGCUUGUUGAAGAGUUCAUGCUUCUCGCCAACAUUUCUGUUGCCCAAAAAAUUUAUGAGACCUUUCCACAAACUGCGGUUUUGCGUCGUCACGCCGCGCCUCCAGCUUCCAAUUUUGAAGCACUUCAAGACAUCUUGCAUGUGUGUAAGGAUAUGCAACUUAAGUGUGAUAGUUCGAAAGCACUUGCACACUCGCUGGAUGAGUGUUCAGAUAAUGCUGACCCCUAUUUCAAUACACUGCUUCGUAUCUUGACGACGCGUUGUAUGCUUUCAGCCGAAUACUUUUGUUCGGGAACAUUUGCAUACCCCGACUUCCGACACUACGGUUUAGCCUCUCCUAUUUACACGCAUUUUACCUCGCCCAUUCGUCGUUACGCCGAUGUGCUGGCUCAUCGGCAGUUGGCCGCUUCUAUUGAUUACGAGACUUUGCAUCCCUCUCUGCAAAACAAACAAAAAUUGGUUGAUAUUUGCAACGGUAUCAACUAUCGGCAUCGCAUGGCACAGAUGGCGGGACGUGCCAGUGUGGAGUAUUACGUUGGUCAAGCGUUGAAGGGCCGUGAAACUCGUGAAGAGGCACAUGUUAUCAAGGUCUUCAAAAAUGGUUUUGUCGUUUUCAUUGCCAAAUUUGGUCUUGAGGGAAUUGUCUAUACUCGGACGCUGUCUACUCCAGAACCUGUUGUGGAGUUUGAUGAAGCUCAGUAUGCGUUGAAUGUCAGCAUUAAGGCACCGAAGCAGCACAAAAUUCGCAUACAGAUGUUCCAAAAGGUACUUGUUUCUGUGGGAGCUAUUCGGGAUGAACACUCUGGCAAACAAAAAGUACAUAUCCAAUUGUUGUAUUAGGGAUUUAGGUGAAAAGAAGAUUCAGUCUGUUAUGAAAGAGAUGUAAGACAUGGUGGACGGUAGAGAGACGCUAGUAGAGCGUAUAGUUUUGGGGGCUUAUUCUGUGCCUGGUUAUGUUAAAAAUGUAGUA